AUGCUUCGUGCGAAUACCCAGCGCCUUCGAAGGCUUGGAACUUCUUACAUAUGUGCGUCCUGCCGGCCAUGUCUCUCAGCACCAUGUCGGACGCGACCCCCCCUCUUCCAGACCACCGCCCUGGUUGGCGACCGAAGCUAUGCGAAGAAGAGCUCGAAGGCAACGCCUGCUUCCAAAGACGAUGCGAAACCUCAGAACGAUGCGAAAUCCGGGAACAAGGCCAUUCUUGAGAAGGAAAUUGAGGCCAAAUCUAGCAGCGAUACGAAACCUGAGAGCAAUGCGAAACCCACGGCCGGACGCAAGGCAAAGCCAGGGAAACCACCAUUCAAAAGACUUGAACGCAGAGUUCGACCGCAAGCUGAGUCACCGUCAAGCAAGAAGCCACGAACCAAGAACGACAAGCACACCGCUAAGGAGGAGCCGGAGGAGCCUCAACUGCCACCCGGGCCUGAUGUUAUAAAUCAGGUGUUCGAAUCUUUGAAAAAGCUUGAGCACAGCUACGCCUCUAUCAACGACAGGCUCUCGCAUUUUCAGGACGGCACUACGGAUGUGUCUGCCGGAGGAGCCAAAACCAGUUCUGGGAAGAAGGGAGAGCUGGACGCAUUUGUUAUGAAACAGAAAACCAAGCUAGGUGUGAGGCUCAAGACAAUUUCGGGUACUUUGGACGUCCUCAAGAGUGUCUUGCGCUCUCAGCAGAUUCCCCUCGACCAUCUCGCAAAGAGGCCGAGUACCACAGAAUCGUCACAGACUCCACCAAGUCCCUCUUCUAAGUCUAGAACCCAUGCACAUCAGUCUCGAGAGCUGCGCGUCAAAGUGCGAAAAGUGCUGCUCGGCGAGGAACGCAAGCCGAUCAACGAACAGCCAAAGAAGGACGGUUGGACAUCACUUGCGAGUCGCCUAAGUGGCGGCGACAAGACCCCAGUUGUUGCGGCUGCAGCGGCUGCAGCGGCUGCCGGUUUAUCGGCUGCCAAUGACAGGAAAUCACCGACAGCCAAGCCAAAGAAGCCCAAAAAAAGCGAAAAGCCUCUUGUCAACGUGAAGAGGGUGCGGGCGUCGACUCUCGAGUUGGUGCCCGUUCACAUACCAGACGCUCCCGAGGUGCCGAGACUCGCAUACGGUUUGGACAGAGCCUUAUUCAACCCCGGAGUGUACCAUAUGCAGGACCCCCGCUCGCGAGUCUACAACUUUGAUCCUUACCUCAGUAAUAUCAUGCCGAUCAACGAGUUCGAUUUCAAUGCGCUCCAGAAAUAUGUCACCUCUUCAAAGGAUACCACCUUGAUCGCGCUUGCGGCCAAGCUGGGUAGAAAGUACAGUGGUUCAACAUCCAGCAUGACCCAAAUGCUGUCACACUUCCACUUUUUGCUUUCUGCAUGGCGGCCUAUCAACCCUGCAAUGAUGAGCCGCCAGUUCACGCCUGAAUUUUCGACUUUUACUGCGAUAUCGCGGGCGCCAGCUGCCGCCUUUCUCCAUCUGAAUGAAGGUGUGUACGCAAUUGACGCCGACAAGGAGUAUGACACUGCCAGUAUCUUGAGCAUGCUUGGAAAGUCAAUGGAGAAGCUAUUGACGCUGCCGAAGGAGGAGUUUGAAAAGUACCGCCGUGCCAAUUCUGAUCAGAUCACCGAGGAGGAGCGCAACGCUGCCGAAGCCUUCCAUUACACCACCAUGGGCGACUUUCUCAUGCGCUCCCAGCUGGAUGCGCAUGAUCCACGGCUACCAGGAUCUGGAAUGUUUGAUCUCAAGACAAGAGCUGUAGUUACGAUUCGCAUGGACGCUCAAAAAUUCCAGAAGGGCCUUGGCUAUGAGAUCCGCCGCCGUUUCGGCCAGUGGGAGUCUUUUGAGCGCGAGUACUUCGACAUGAUCAGGUCUGCAUUCCUCAAGUAUUCCUUGCAAGUGCGAAUGGGCCGUAUGGAUGGCAUCUUCGUCGCCUUCCAUAACACGCAACGUAUCUUCGGUUUCCAGUACGUCAGCAUUAACGAGAUGGACUUGGCCAUUCACGGGACCCUUAACCGAUCCAUUGGCGACCAAGAAUUCAAGCUCAGCUUGCAUCUUCUCAACAAGGUCCUCGAUCGCGCCACUGAACGAUUCCCUGGCCGCUCCAUCCGGCUCCAUGUGGAGACGCGACCAACUGACCCUCCUUUCAUGUAUGUUUUUGCAAAGCCUGUUACAAAGGAAGAGAUCGAGAAGGUCCAAACAUCCAAUCAAGCAGCGGUUGCAGAGUUUGAGGAGCAGAUUCUUGGUAUGGCCUCAGAAGAGUCAUCAGGACCCGAAGUGCCGGAGCCGAAAGUCGAGCAACCAGCCAGCCAGGAGGAAGACGAGGAGGCUGUUAGCGUCGACGAGUCUAGUAACCAAUCAUGGCAGACGCAAGCCUUCUGGGAAGAAAUGCAGGAGAAGGUCAAUGAAGCAGUGGAAGACGAUGCCCUAGGGAUCGGCCAUGUUCGGGAGGCAAUCCAUGACGCGUUGGAGCAGAGCGCAUUGCUGAAGGCGAGAACACCUGAAGAAGCUCGCUGGUAUGUCGACGGCCUUUUGGAGGCCCUCACUCGCAACCAAGCUAGCGAGGCGCCCGACGUUGAUGGAAAGGAUAGCCAAUCAGUUGAGACGUCUGCCAGCGAAUCCAGCACCGCACCGGUCGACUCCGCUCAAGCUGGUGAAUCAAGUGCUGGACAACAAACCGAGGCGAUCGCUGGCGAGGAAACAGAGUCGGUUCAGGAGACAGACGAGGAGUCGUCGCAAAAUACAGAGGUGCGUGGCUCUCGGGAUCUUGGGCUGAAGGAUUUGAUCCUCCGAGUUGCUUCACAUGUCGACGAGAAAGUCGACGUGGACGAAACCGACAUUUCUGAAGAUGAUGCUGCUUCUGACGUCUCUAAACUGCGAACGUUCGAGCGAAUCCUCUCUAAGCUGGUUGCCGAGUCGAAGCAGUCAGAAGCCGAAACUACACCUUCGGCUUCAGAGACUGAGGAAGUAGUAGCUGAAAGCUUUGAGGAUUUUGCGGCCAGUACUAGUCAGACGGCAGCCUCGACUGAAUCUCCCGGAGACUCUGACCCCGACGGCAUAGCCCAGGAUGAAGAGAAACCUGAGCUCGAUGUUGUCGGUGACGAGCUUCUCGGAAUGGUCUUGACCGUGCGGAACAGGGUCAACGGCCAAUACGAACAGCGCCCCGACCCCAAGAUUCACAACCCUCACUGGAUGGUGGAAUACUCCAUUGAAGACCUCCCUGCAAACCGAGCAGAGACCAUCUACAGAGCACUACAGACACGACGCAGAAAGGUGCUCGCAGACGACCAGCGCGGAGACCGGCAAGAGACAUGGUACCAAUUGUGGCAGGGCAAGUUGGAAGAGAUGAGCAACAAGGGCAGGGAUUUCCGGAUGUGGGAGGACAUGAAGGCCCGGGAAUCGCCGGUUCACGUCGUCGACUGGGAUGAACCCCUGACUUACGAGGAAGCUUUCAAGCACAAGGCGCAGUGGAAGACGCUGUCCUGGGAUGGGCCGCUAGACGAGGUACGAGAGCAACAGUUGCGAGAGGCCGAGCUCCGAAAGGUCGAGAUGCGGGAGGCCGAGCUCCGAGAGAUCGAGAUGCGGGAGGCCGAGCUUCAAGAGGCCGAGAUGCGGGAGGUCGAGAUGCGGGAAGACGAGCAUGUGGACGAACCCGUGGACGAGCCGAAGAAGGACGAGCCGCGAGAUUCAUGA